ACACGAGCUGAAAACGGGGGUUAGCAGUUUUGAGUUCCUCAUGAACAUUGAACAGUGACUCUUUCAACACAUUAUACACUACUCUCAGUCAGCACAAUUGGCCCCACCAUUUUUCUUUCAUUAUUAUUUAUAUUUUUUUUUGUACUAUAAAUAAAGGUUACUAUUGACAUGGACACACAACACAAACACCAGUCAGAAUCUACUCUCACAGUCAGUUGCAGAGGUUGGCGAAAGAAUAGCGAUUCAUAUAUAUAUAAAUUUAGAGAGAGAAAAAAUACCCAGUUCAGUUUUCUAGUUCCUUGUGCUAAAUUCGGUCCAUUGUUGUUUCAAGGACGUGCCAAUUUCAUGUGAGCAGGAGAAUUAAUGGGUACUUUACAGUGCUUUUCGGUUGAAGGAGAUGAAAAACCAAGAAAGUUAUCCAAACUUUCAGAUGAUCCUCAGGAGGAGGAGGAGGGUAUGCAGAUUGAUAUGGUUUCUCUUUUCCCUUCCCAGCACCAAAGCAAUGAUCAAAACCAUGCACCCAUGGCAAUUGAGGAGCGUGAUCCAAGAUGGCUUAUUAACCAGGAUGUCUCAAUCGGUGUUGUCCUACGCUUGUCAAGGUCUGAGUAUGGUUCAAUUGUCUCACUGAACCAGAGUUUCCGGUCCCUGAUUCAGACCGGAGAACUCUAUCGGCUCAGAAGGAAAAUGGGAAUUGUAGAAUACUGGGUUUACUUCUCUUUCAAUCUUCUUGAAUGGGAGGUGUUUGAUCCAAUGAAUGGCUAUUGGAUGAAAUUGCCUAGAAUGCCUUCCAAUCAGUAUGACUGCUUCACGUUUUCGGAUAAGGAGUCUUUGGCUGUUGGCACAGAACUUCUUGUGUUUGGAAAGGCAAUAGAGGCUCCUGUUGUUUAUGGAUACAGCCUCUUGACCCACACUUGGUCACAUGGUACUCAGAUGAGUGUUCCUAGAUGCUUGUUUGCAUCUGCGAGCCGCGGAGAAAUAGCCAUAGUGGCUGGUGGGUGUAAUCCACUAGGCAAGAUCCUGAGUGUGGCUGAGAUGUAUAACUCAGACACCAAGACAUGGGAGGCUCUCCCAAACAUGAACAAAGCAAGGAAGAUGAGUGCUGGUGUGUUCAUGGAUGGGAAAUUUUAUGCCCUUGGUGGAAUGGGAGAAGAUGGUAAUAAGCUGACAUGUGGUGAGGAGUAUGAUUUGGAGACAAAGGAAUGGCGUGUGAUCCCUAACAUGCUCCCUCCGCGAACAAGCGAAAGACAAGACACUACUGAGGCACCACCUUUGGUUGCAGUUGUGAACAAUGUGUUGUACGCUGCAGAUUAUGCUCAGAGGGUGCUGAGGCGGUAUGAGAAAGAGAGGAACAAAUGGGUCUACAUUGGAAGUCUUCCUGAGAUAACAUCCUCUAUGAAUGGUUGGGGAUUAGCAUUUCGAGCAUGUGGAGAUCGAAUAGUUGUUAUUGCUGGGGAAAGUGCUCAUGGUGGAAGGGUGGUUGAAAUUAAUUCUUGGAUCCCAGAUGGAGGUGCACCACUGUGGAACUUGCUUGCCAGAAGGCACAUUGGUGGGAGCUUUGUGUAUAAUUGCGCAGUGAUGGGAUGCUGAGGUGUUCAUGAAUAGGGAUUUCUGGAUUAAUUUCUUGCGAAAGGGGUUGACUGUUUCUUUACUUUUCAAGGAGAUAGAUUGUGGUUCAUGGGGUAAUACUUGCCCUCUCUUUUUAGGGUAAUUUCAGGUCUUAUUUAAAAUCAUAUAUAGGUGCAGUUUUAGAAGGUUUACAGAAUUUCAGUUGAUGUUUUCUUUAUCUUUUAUAAUUGGUCUAAAUCUUUUCCUAGCUUUAUGUUAUCGUUAGAUCCUAUUGAAAUGUUGGCAUCAUGUAGGUGCAAGUAUUUGAAUGAUUUGACCUCUUAGUGCAUGUUGCCCAUUUUCAUAAGUUUAAUUGAAGCAUUAAUUGCAGAAUUUUAAUUGGUCUCA